AUGUGGAAAAUUACACUGAUCGUGACGCUAAUGGUGGCCAGCGAGUUUGGAUGGGCCGCCUCAAGCGAUGAGGCGAAGCCGAAUGGGAAAGAUUCAUAUUUGGCAGCACUCUCAAAUUCGCACAAAAUUAACGCACUUCCAUAUAAAGGUACUCCGAUACGGAUAUCACGAGGUGAUUACAACAUCGUCCCGUCGAACUCCUACGACUACGGUGUUCCUACGGGAAGCUACGGUCCCCCAACUUCCACCGGUAAUGAGCUCUACCAACCUGCUCCACACAAAGAGUAUGGUACACCACCGAAACCCGUGUAUGGCCCACCAAAACCAAUCUAUGGUCCUCCACAACCACCACCAACCGGUCCCGUCAGUCAUGGCAUGCCGUACUUCAGUCCGGAGCAUUGGCUGCUCAGCAAGCUGAAGUUCAAGUUCGACCUGUUCACCAUUGGCAAGAUACUGCUCAAGUUGGUCAUCUUUAAGAAGAUUGUAAAGUUUAUCGCGCUGCUAUGUUUGUUGUUCUUCAUUCCUACGCUGAAGCCAUCCGGGGGUGGACACAGUGACGAGAGCAGUGAAGAAGAUCGCCGUCGAUCGUACGAUAUACAAUACGAUUACGAACAACGACUGGGGGAGAUGACCAAGUUUGCGCUGACCGCCCUGGAAGCUUUCACUGUCGAUAACGCUCUGUACUGUCCGGAAGAGAACCUGCUAUCCUGUCGCUUCAAGCGUAUGUUUGACGUAAUCGAUGAAUCUUACCCAGUCACGAGGAUCUACUCAAUUUACCUGCCCCCUGUUCCAACGCACAGCGCGGAACAGAAUAACUCUUCGGAGGAAAAUGGCCAAUCCGUGAAUAGGAUCGAUAGCAAUGUGGGGCAAGAGGAAGAAAAUUAG